GCAAAUUUUCUCAUUCUAGACCGCCGUUCCCUUCAAGCGAAUUAAAAACCAAUUAAGAGUUCAAAUACUUUCUGAAACGAAGAUUAUUCAUAUAUGCUCCCUCGCCUUUCUUCCUCCACCCUUCCAAUGGCGCGUCUCUUCCUACGCGCCACCUCUCUUCCUUUCGCAACUGCCAUUAUCUCCUCUGCUCACUCUUCUUCUUCUUACGCACUUUCCUUCGUCACUCCCAAAUCAAACCCUUUCAAUUUCCCUUCAGUUUCUAAACAAUUCCACGCUCUCCCCCGAACAAAUCCCGAAAUAACCGGCGCUACAGUUUGUCUUGCACAGAGAGGUUAUCGGAAAGUACGGAGACGAGCACUCGCCAGAAGUAAAGAAAAAGAAUUGCACCUUAACGUCAGUAUUUGUAUUGAAGACGGCCUUCCUGAUGAUCCCGAAAUCUUGAGUAUAGCAGAAUUGCUUAAACUAAAUGUACCAAUGGCAGUGAAAUUAGCAUUUGAUGGAUUAAAAGAUUCAAAUUACAAGACUCGAGAUACUGUAAUAUCUGAUCUUGGAGGUUUUGAAAGUGUGGAAUUGUCUGUUUUACUUUGCAACGACGAGUUUAUUCGCGAGCUUAAUAAAGAAUGGAGAGAUGAGGAUCAUGCUACUGAUGUUCUUUCAAUGUCUCAGCAUAUUCCUGGUCUUGACCUCCCUGUUCUUAUGUUGGGUGAUGUAGUUAUUUCCGUUGAGACUGCUGCUCGACAAGCUGAGGAACGAGGGCAUUCUCUUGUUGACGAAGUUCGCAUUCUCUUGGUUCAUGGCUUGUUGCAUCUUUUAGGAUUUGAUCAUGAGAUUAGUGAAGAGGCUGAAGCUGAAAUGGAGAAGGAGGAAGAACUGCUUUUAAAGAGUCUUGAGUGGAAAGGAAAAGGACUAAUUCAAAGUGCAUAUGAUAAUGACUCUGAUGUGAAUCUUCAAACAGAAAAUUUAGAUGACAGGAAGAAAGAAGGCAGCCUUCGAUUCUAUAAACCAAAAUUCAGCUAUAUCUUUUGUGAUAUGGAUGGAACCUUGCUGAACAGCAAAAGUCUAAUUUCCUCUGCAAAUGCCAAAGCUCUAAAGGAAGCUUUGUCAAGGGGUCUGAAGGUGGUGAUAGCAACUGGAAAAGCUCGUCCUGCUGUUAUAAGUAUUAUGAAGAUGGUAGAUUUAGCCGGCAAAGAUGGUGUUAUCUCUGAGUUUUCUCCUGGAGUUUUUCUUCAGGGAUUGCUUGUUUAUGGUAGACAAGGUAGGGAAAUUUAUAGAAGCAAUUUAGAUCCAAGUGUCUGCAAACAGGCAUGCCUCUACUCUUGGGAGCAUAAGUUUCCUCUCAUUGCAUUUAGCAAUGACCGGUGCUUAACAUUAUUUGAUCACCCUCUUGUUGAUUCACUACAUACCAUAUAUCAUGAGCCAAAGGCCGAGAUCAUGCCUUCAGUUGAGCAUCUCUUGGCUGCUUCUGACAUUCAGAAGCUUAUAUUUUUAGACACGGCUGAGGGAGUGGCCACUACAUUGCGGCCAUACUGGUCAGAAGCAACAGGGGAUCGUGCCAGUGUUGUGCAAGCUGUUCCAGACAUGCUUGAAAUUGUUCCGCGUGGAACCUCAAAAGGGAAUGGAGUAAAAAUGCUGCUUGAUCAUUUGGGUGUCUCCGCAAAGGAGAUAAUGGCUAUAGGAGAUGGUGAAAAUGAUAUUGAGAUGCUUGAGCUGGCCUCUCUAGGCAUUGCCCUUAAAAAUGGAGCAGAAAAGACAAAAGCUGUGGCUGAUGUAAUUGGUGUGAGCAAUGAUGAAGAUGGUGUAGCAGAUGCCAUCUACCGGUAUGCAUUUUGAGCUUCGGAAAGCUUUGAGCAAAAUAUCAGAAACAUAUGGUGCAGGAUUUAACUUGCCAGUUUUGAUACUAAUUUGUUUUCCUUCUGAAGAAUCAUUAGGCUAUUAUUACAAACUAGAAUAUCCUCACCCCUCAUUUAUUAAAUGAACAAAUAAGGGAAUAGGCAAACAGCCAGCUCUGAUCCUGCUGAAGCUGAGCCAGGAUUACCUCCAUGAUAAAUGUAGUUAUUAUUUCAGCUUCAUAGAGGUUCUUAUGAGGCUUAUAUUUUUUAAAGAAUAGUGUUAUUCUUUAUUUAUAUGAGAUUUCAGUAAAUAGUUCUUGUUAGAA